AUGAGCAGCAUACAGAAUGUAGAUCUUUAUGAAAUCCUAGGAGUUAGCAGAAGGGCAGGUAUCAGGGAGAUCACCCAAGCUUAUCGAAUUUUGGCAUUGAAAUACCAUCCAGAUAAGUUUUUAACAAACUUUGGGAAAUCUGCUAAACCUAAGGAUUUAAACGAUGCUACUAAUCAAGAGCAAAAUCUUGUGGUUGUGCCAUCUGAAGAUGUAAAAGCUACUGAAAGCACAGCUGAAGGGGAAAAUAAGAUUUCUGCAAAUGAUCAAGUAGCUCAAGUAGAAGAAAAUGCUGAAAAGACUGAAAAGACUGAAAAGACUGAAAGGACUGAAAAGACCGAAAAUUCAGAAAAUGCUGAAAAGUCUGAAAAGACUGAAAAGACUGAAAAUGCUGAAAAGACUGAAAAUGCUGAAAAGACUGAAAAGACUGAAAAUGCUGAAAAUGCUGAAAAUGCUGAAAAGUCUGAAAAGUCUGAAAAUGCUGAAAAUUCUGGAAAUUCUUCAAAUUCCGUAAUUGCUGAGAAUCAAACAGUUGCUACUGAAGAAUUGGCUGAUGAAGAAAAGAAUCAAGAAGAAGUUAGCACAAAUUGCAGCCAUAACCAGGAAGAAGAAAUGACAUUGGAGAAAUGUAAGGAAAUAUUCUUACAAAUACAAAAAGCAUACGAGAUAUUGAAGAAUCCAGAAUCAAGAGAGAGUUAUGAUUUUUUUGGAUUGGAUAAGAACAUGGAUGAAUUCCAAACUUAUUAUGAUCCAAAAUUAUUUCGUUCUCGUAUUAAUGUGGAAGACAUUCGUAAUUAUGAGAGCUUUUACAAAGGUAGUGCUGCCGAGAAAGAAGACUUGAUAAGCUUCUAUGAAAGAUAUGGUGGUGAUUUGAAAAAUAUACUUGAGUAUAUACCUCUUAGUGAAACUCCAGAUAUAAAUCGUUUCAUUGCCAUAUUUGAGAAAUCUUUUGCUAAUGGAGAAAUUGUUAAGACAGAAUUAUAUGAAAUAUCUUUACCAAAUAUGCAAAAAAUCAUUAGUAAAUACGAAAGUCUCAUGUUGAAAGAACAAGCUGAGUUUUCAAAAAAUGCUGACAAGAAAAAAUCAAGAAAGAAAAAAGAAGAUUCACUUGAAGAAUUAAUUGUUGCCAUCAGAAAUAACGAAGAAAAGAGAAAUCUCAAAAUUGGUAACCUCUUAGCUAAUAUUGAAAACGAGCACAAAAAAAAAAGCAAAAAAAGAAAAAAAGAAGAAUUCCCCACUGAAGAAGAAUUGGAUAAAAUCAAAAAAAAAUUAGAGGAAAACAAAAAAAAAAAAGAACAAAGUAGAGGAAAAAAAUAA